AUGAAUAAGAAUCUUUUCAUUUUAAUCAUAUCCUUACUUAUAUUGAAUGGCUCUGUAUCUAAAGAGCUAUUAGUCGAACAAUCAAAGAAAAAGAUUCUUGUAGCUGGAUAGCACAUAGCUAGUCACCCAAGAAUAUGGUAUUUGAUAUCAAAGGAAUUGAAAAAGAAUGAAAACUAUGAAGUUUAUCAAAUUUUGCCAUCAGAUUCUCCAUUAGUUUCCAAGGUAAAAACCAAUGGAGUCAUUCCUAUACUAAGCAAGAAUCUUUCAUAAUAAGUGAUUAAUGAAUACGAUGAAAGAAUGAAAGCGAAUACUCUCGGCCCCUCAGGAAUACUUGAAUACAUGCAAUAUUUAACUAAAGUGUUUUACAGCUAAGAUGAACUGAUUAAGGAGAUAAAAUCUUUAAAAUUUGACCUAAUCAUAUGUGGGCUGUUUUUUGAGUCAUAGCUUAUAGCGAAUACACUUUAAAUACCACUUUACAUCAGAAUAAUCACUGGAAAUUUAGACUCUUCAUUGCAAGUAAUGAUGAAUUAACAUACUUCACAUUCAUCUCAACUCCACUUAGCAAAGACUACCAUAUUUGGAAUGGAAAAACAUGAAAAUCUUCAUUCUUUUACUACAAAUUUUUUCACUAGGUUAAGAAAUAGACUAUCAGAGCAUGUUUUUUGCGGUUUUGGAUCUUAUUUUAUUCAUUAAAAACUAUACUAAAUGAUACCAGAUAAUAUGCUAGAAGAAGCGAAGACUUUAAGAACCCCAGAUAUGAUACUUUAUACAGGAUAUGAAGGUCUAUAUCCUCCAAUAGCUCUAUCACCUAAUUCGAAAAUCAUUUCUCCUCUUUCUGAGGAUACGACAGAAACCUAAGAUAUUCCUAAAGAUCUUGAGGAAUUCAUCAAUAGACAUGAUAAACUAAUCCUUGUAUCUUUUGGCUCUGUAUAAAGUCCAACUAAUCAGACUCUAAGUGCUCUUUCAAUCUACAUGUAGAAAUAAUCUAAUUAUGGAUUUAUAUAUUCAGCUAGAAAUUAGAAAUACCUUGAAAGUGAUAUUUUAGAAAGAAUUAAGAGCCUUAAAAAUGUUUACUUAGCCAAUUGGUUGCCAUAAACUUAUAUCCUCAGCAAUCCAAAAGUCAAGAUAUUUUUUAGUCAUGGUGGAUAGUCGAGCUAUAUUGAGUCUAUUGAAGCAGUAAAACCUUUGAUUGUAAUUCCAGCAUUUGCAAAUGACCAGUUCUUUACAUGCGAAUAUGUUUAGGCCAUAAAAAUUGGAGCUUGUAUGUACAAGCCUGAUGCAUCUCAUUUAGAAGAGAUAGUAAAAUAUGUUGAGGAUAACAAUGGCUUCAUUGAUAGACUUUAGAUUCUAAAGAAAAUGAUUGAGAAAAAGAAAUAGUAAGGAUUAGGAAUGCGAUACUGGGUUGAUUAUUUGAUGGAAGUUGGAACAAGCGAAUUUAUUUCAGCAAGAUAAUAUCAAUGGUUCAAUUAUCUUUAACUAUAUGAUGUAGACGUCAACAUUACUAUAGAUCUUAUUCUUGUUGCUAUAUUAGCUAUUGUCUUUGCUAUUCUAAUUAAGAUAUAUAGAUUUAUAACAUGCAAGAAAUCUAAAAUGACUAGCAAGAGUAUUAAGGCAGAUUGA